CCUGCCGACGUGGUUGUUCUAAGUAGCAAACGAAGAAGUGACAGUGGCGUUCUGUGCGGCCCACGCCUAUCCGGAGUGCAAUUAUCCCCGUUCAAUGUGUCGCUCGCUUGGUACUUGUUGCACAGACUGAACUUCUAUUCCUGCUCGCAGACAGAAUGGCAGACCUUGGCGGUGAAGCCGGAAUCCUUCUGGUGCUCGUCGUCAUCAUGGUUUCGGCCAUGCUGCGGAUAUCGAAAGGCGUGGUGAACGUCCCAGUGCUUGCAGUAAUCGCUUCCUGGGGAUUUUUCGUUGGUAUGGCCGUCAACAAGUAUAAAGUGAAGGAAAAAUUUUUGGCGAUAACAGACUCUCAUAUCAACGAGAUGCUCUUCCUGUACAUGCCUGUGCUUACGUUCGCCGUUUCCUUCAACAUUCGCUACCACCUCUUCCAGCAGUGCUUCUGGCAGUGCUGCAUCCUUGGUGUCGUUGGAGUUGUUGUGAGCUGCUCUCUCUUCGUGCUGUAUAUGCACUUCAUGGGGAUCGGCUCGGACCAUAUAUCAAUGAAGACCCGCGUGCUCGUCAGCCUCCUGAUCUGUUGUCCAGAGCCAUUGUUCCUCAAAGACAUGUCUUUCUCCAGCUCAGCCAAGUCUCACAUCAUGGAGACCCUCGUACUUGGAGAGUCUAUUAUCGGUAUCUCUCUCUUGUGGUUCGUCCACCACCUGUACACCGGCGACGAAUUCAGCCUUACUGGAUUUUCUCUCUCCAUCCUCACAACGACCUUUGUGGGUCCAUGCUUCGGAAAAGUGGUUGGCCACAUCAUGUCCUACAUGCUGAUCUCGUUCUCCCAGGACUUGUCCAUAACGUACCUCAUCUCCAUCUGCGCUGUGUACCUGACCUACUUGGCUGCUGAAAUGUUUCUCUAUGGAUCUGGUGUUACCUCCAUUGUAUCCCUGGGUGUCACAGCAGGCGCUCACUCGGCUUCCACCAUCUUGGAUCCAAUUAUUUUGAGAAAGUUUUGGGCUCUGUUCCGCUACACCCUCAAUGUGGUCAUUGUGUUUUUAGCUUCAUUCAAGGUGGGCCGCGAUUCUAAGGAUUUCAUUGACCUGGACGACCUUAACACCAUCGUUCACAGCUACCUCGCAAAGAUUAUCGUCAGGGGUUUAAUGAUCCUCAUCUUGUACCCUCUCAUCUGCGCCACCGGCUACGACCUUACCUGGAAGCAGUGCAUGAUCGCCUUCUGGGUAAACUUCAAAGGAGCCGUCAUGCUAGGGAUCUCCCUUUCUAAAUGGGUCACCAACAUUGAUGUAAACUUCGCGCUAAAGGAGGAAGCCAUACGCCUCGGGGUGCUGUUCCUUGUUCAAGCCAUAAACACAACGACAUUGCCCAAACUCAUGUGGAGCCUCGAUCUAGUCCAGAUGUCAGAAGCAGAUUCUGCAAACAUGAGAAUGGUGGUGACGACUCUUCAGAACAAGGCUUUCGCUUCAACCAACAUACAGCGAAGAGAGAAAAAGUUUAGCGGCGCCGAUUGGAAGUGGAUUCAAACGCACACUCAAAUCGGAAACCCAUAUGCCGAUGUCGCGCUCAGCACUACUAAGACAAGAUUCCCACGACUGGCCUUGAUACGUAGGAGGAGCGAUGCCUUGAUUACAGAAGCAAAACGAAACGCAAACAGAAAUAUACUUCGCCUGCAGAAGGUGUGCUACAAUAAGCAGUAUGAGGACGGCAUGGUGCAGAAAACGUCAAAGACCACUAUCUUGGCAGUCAUGCAAUAUCCACUUGAGAAAGAAACGUAUCUGACAGUAAACAUGAUGACACCCUAUAUCACGGUUCCUUCCUGGAUAUAUUCUUUGAAAGACCUCCUACAACGCUACGCCGGCAUGGAAGCAAUUGAGAGGCGGAGCACGCGCCGGAUCUCUACGAGACUUAAUCUGGAAGACACGUCGUACAUGGAUAUUGAUAUGGUCACCGCAUCCCUGGCUCAGGGAUGGUAUCAGGUCCUCAUGGGAUUCGUGGCCAUUGGUUUCACAAUUCUCCUCGCGGGUCUCUUCAUCUACUACCAGUACCGACCGAGCGACAUGCUUCUUUCUAUAGUGACCACAGUGCAGGGAAUCUACGUCGUCUGCUAUGCCCUUGAGAUAUUUCUCAUUGUGUACAGUGUGGGCAUGUUUCACUCUCGCCACGACGUAUGGCGACAGUUGGACUUCAUCAUCUUCGCUCUAGUAGUGGCCGAGUUUGUGCUCACCAGCUUCGUUACGGUUGCCUCGGACAUGAACAAGAACGCCGGGUUUCUCAUGAUGAGCUUCAUACUUUUGGUUACUUGCCGUACCAUCAAGACCUUACAGAAGAGAGUGGUGAUGUACGUGUGGCUGUGGGACAUGAUGGAUGGUCUUCUCAACCGGAGGUUAUUUUUCGCCUACGAUAUCAGCUGGGCCUACAUCACGGCAGAAGACGAAGCGAUGGCUAGGGUCAACCGCUAUGUUCACUCCGUAGUGGUUGCCAAGCAGGUCAGAGACUUGUGCAGGAAGAACAAACUGGAGGCGCUCAAGAAUGUGAUUGACAUUCAACAAAAAUACCCAAACAUCGAGGUUGCCACGAAGACUCGCCAGGCGGCACGGCGAGUUCUUAACAAAGCUCUGGAAGGACUUCGGCAACUUCACGAGGGAGGACUUCUUGAAGAUAGGCAAUACGCUAUGCUAUUCGAGGACAUGACGUGGACAAUCCACAAGGUGGACGUAAUGCCUUCCGAUAUAGCAGUGGGUAACACAUUGCUGUGUAUUCUUCUCAGUAUUCCCUGGUUGCCUAAUGAUGUCGCCCCACAGGUUCUGCAGACCUUCUACCAGACACAAAAGAGGGGCCACAUCGUCGUCUUUUCCGGACAUGACCACGAACACAUUUCUAUCAUCUGCUCUGGAAUAGUGAAGGUGUUCGCAAGAGAGACGGCGAUGGGGUGCAACGUGGAUGGUUUGCUUGAGAACUCGGACUCAAACCUGUACUACUUUACGGAGGGCACUUUCAAGGACUACCUUGUCGCCCCAGAAGCUCUGGGCAUCCUUGGCUUCCUCACGCACGCCCCGUCAGUCUGCCAAGCAGUAUGUGAAACAGAUGUACAGUUCUGUACAGUUCCAAUGGAGGUGAUAGAGAGAAUUGUCGAGCAUCACCCUGAGCCGCCGACGGUUAUCUACAGAAUGUGGUUCUCAGUCGCAGUACGAGUAGGCAUGGCAGUGCUUCUUAAUCAGAAGCGAUACCAGGACUGGACGAACGACAAAUUGAAACGGUUUUUGGAAGGUGGCAUCAUGCCCAACUUGUACUACGCCGCGGAAUUUGGUCUGGACGAAGCUGUCCAGGAUGUCAUCCUCAUCCAGGGAUGUGUAACAACGACGGACGGCUUGCAAUGCUACAUCGGACCAUCAUACAUACCAGACGACGUCCGGGAGAUGAAGCUGCCGGGUUCCCCAAGCACGAGACCCCGUCCCAUAAUGAUAAUAACGACAUUGGUGCGGUACCAUCUUCCCAUCGAACUUGACUGGUACCACCAACCUUUGCGUCCCUUCGACUACGUGCCCAGACCACGCACGGACAACGAAUUAUAUGCUCACUGGUGACUACAACCUCAAGCCACAGACAAGCCAGAGAGACAAGCCUAUAACACAUUUCGACGAUACGUUCGCCAAUCUGUUUUCUGCAAAUAAAUGUUUCAGGAACCUCA